CUGUAUAACCUAAUUUAGGUACGGUUAACAUCCCUUCCAGUGUAACGUAGCCAUCUCGUCUCCUCAACCAUGAUGGCUACGUGUUCUUCUGUACUCGCAUCCCGUCCUCUGCUUCAAACCCUAGUCCCGUUCCCCAACAACAAGUUCCCAUCUUUUGUCCGUAAUCAUCAAAUUAGAAGAAACCCCUUUCAAGGUUUUGUAAUUAAGGCCCAAACCCUUGAUUUCUCAGGUUCAUUCUUCGAAGGAGGAUUUGGUGGUGAAGAUGAACCCAACACACCAUCCAUCACUGCCGUUGAAGAACAACAGGAACCCCAAUGCCCCCCGGGUUUAAGACAAUAUGAAACCAUGGCUGUUUUAAGACCCGAUAUGUCUGAAGAUGAACGCCUCUCUCUAACCCAGAAAUACGAAGAGUUGCUUGUUGCUGGAGGUGGAAUGUACGUAGAGGUAUUCAACAGAGGAGUCAUUCCGUUAGCUUACAGCAUCAAAAAGAAAAACAAAGCUGGCGAAACCAACACCUACUUAGAUGGCAUCUAUCUUUUAUUUGCGUAUUUCACAAAACCCGACUCCUUGGAGGUACUCGAGUCUACGUUGAAGAUGGAUGAUGAUGUGAUCAGAUCAUCCACCUUCAAGAUAAGAAAGAGGAAGUAUUAAUUGCUUCAUGUAGAAUAAAAACCAGAGGUGGGGUCCAAGAUAAAGAUCAAUGUAGACCUAACCUCAGACCCCACUUCUUAGUUCAUGUAGAAUUAAAUAGUUGGCUUGUGAUGUUUUAUGUAGAACACCAUGAAUCUAUGGGGUUGCUUUGUAGUCUGC